AUGGCGUUGUUCCUCUACAGCCUCAUUGGCUUCACCCUCAUCGUCGGCUCCAUCCUUUACUGGACGCGCGCGCGCUGGACUGAGCUGCUGGUUCACGGGUUCCAGUCGCUUCGCUCCGUCUUCUCCUUCUCGCCCUAUUCACGCCUACCGACCACUUUCGAAGGCGACGUCGAAGCCGGCCUGUCUAGCAGCACCUUUGACCUCUCCGGCAACGUAGAGGGAGGUGACAGCCGCGCCGGGUUGGACGAUGCUAGCAAGGCCGCGAUUCUGGCCAUUAUGAAGAAGCGGCGGUUGCCAUUUGACGAGGCGCGCAAGGUCUACAUGGAGCAGUUGUUCCGCGCAAACGGUAUUGGGGCGGAUGGACGGCCGCAGGAUCCCAAGUUUGUCAGCUUUUCCUGA